AUGGUAAUAUGUCCAGCAAGGGACGAGAACGGAGGCCAUUGCUGGACGACUACGACAAGAGACCUGCUAAAGGCAAAGCGGUAUGACGAGAUCUUCCAGUCGGGCCAGCUCGUUGUGACGCGCACCCGCAGGCAGCGGUGGCCGUACUCUGCCGCAGCCGUCAUCUUUGUCCGGAACCGGGACAAGGAGGCUGGGGCUGCCAAGGAGCGGCUGCACAUUGUGGACAUCCUGUUAGACCAGACCAAAGUCCCCACCUUCGAAGGGGGCACUAAACUCGGCGAAGUCGUGCACCAGGUCUUGCACGGGUUCGUCGUCGGUGUCGGACGGGGAAUGGAUCGAAAAAGCGGAGACGGACGGGGGGAGAAGCCGACCGAAGCACACAAUGCACCAGAUGUUACGAAAGCAGACAGUGGAGAGGGAGCGCUUGAGAUCUCUCUUGCAAACAGCGUGCUCAUCAACGAGAAGUGGCUGGAGUUUGGAGAUUGGAGGACGGAGCUCACGGCCGCAGUCGAAAGUCUCGGUUUUGUGAAAGAGCGGGGAGGGUGGCUGCAUGGGUCUAAGCGCUGCUCGAAGUGCGGCGCAAGCGGCAUAGCAAUCAAGACGUGCGGAGGGUGCAAACGUGCUUACUACUGCUCGAAGGAGUGCCAAAUGGCGGCCUGGAAAGAGGGGCACAAGGCGGAGUGUAAACGUGCUAACUCGGCAGCGGCGGCUCAGGAUGGAUCAUAGAUUGUAGCAUAGUUUGUCUGCACAAAUUUACUCGCUUCCUAGAAAGGUCAUAUCAAUGGGAACUCGUGUGUGAGAGAUCGAAACGCCGCAAUAUGUGUGCGACAUGGUGUGGCACGUAUGCACUUGACAUAAAGAGCAAUAUAUUACCUUGACAAUCACGGUAGGGACUCUGAGAAUCGCAAAUCUGUACAGUCGCGUGUCACUGUCGGCUCAACGAUACUAGUUAGUGUAAGACACUGCCCUGUGACUCGAGCUGGAUCGACCAACUCGCUUGCAUGUUCUUGCGACCGCGUCUCCUAAUUGUCU